GUUUUUUCCCUUUACUAAUCUUACGGUACAAAAAUAGAUACACAUGGUCCAAGCCCAAAAUGAAAUAGAUUAAUAACUCUCUCUCCUCUCUUUUGGUCCAAAUAGAUACAUAACCCUAAUGAAUAAUGCUUUAUGAAUGGAAUCAUAUCAGUAGCCGCCGCAUCUUUACUUCAUUUCCUAUUUUUCUAUGAGUUGUGCAUAAUAAUUUAACAUGCUUCCUCUUCAUCUUUUUCUAUUCUUUUUCUUUGCUUCUUCUUCUUCUUCUUCAACUUUAUAUGGAUCUGUUGUUGCUGUGCUUCUCAAAUCUCAAUCUCGGUUCAGGUUUCUAUUUUCUGCUAUAUUUUUUUUUUAUCUUUUUUUUUUUUUUUUAAAAAAAACAAAAACAGAACGACAUCGUUUUCAGCUUGAUGAAAAAAAUGCAUUUAACCCGCCGGUUUUCAAAAUCACCGGUUCACCGGUUUUUACCGAUUUUUUCCGGUUCACACCGAUUUGAUUGCUUACCCGGUCCAGCAGUCAGACCAGACCGUUAAACCUCCAAUUUCCGGUCUGACCGGUCCAACCGGCCGGUCCGGUCCGGUUUUUAAAACACUGCUUCAACAUGAAAGUUCGUCAAAUAGUGAAAACCAUAUAGUCAAAGGACCUGGGUCCACAAUAUGACGAAUCUCUAUUCAUACUUUAAUUAAUUCCACCAAUAUUUUCCGCAAAGAGUGGCACCCAGUUGCAGUGGCAUCCAUUCCCACUACCGAACAGAACACCAAUGUCAUCAUCAUAAUAAAAUCCCAUUUCCCCCCAAAAUGUACUCAAAGUCAAGAUACAUGCAAUUGCAAUGUGAACCAACCUACUUUUGUCUUUCUGUCAGCAACUCAUAAUAAAGUUAAAUUAAAUCAAAUUAAUUAUCAUGCACCCUUCUUUGAAAAAUGUUUCUCCUUUUACUUACUACUCCUUUCUUCUCUAUCCAAAUCUAUCCACACAAACUAACAAAAUCACACACCAUUAAUUAAUUAAAGUGUCAAACUAGGUAUUAGUCCUAAUCAAGUAAUAAUCAACAUUAUUAUGUUACACAGUUACAGAACAAUCAACCACCCAAAACCAAAGUUAGAUUUUUUAACAUAAAACCUUAAAAGGGUGUCUCUCUUUUUUUAGCUUUUGUUUGAAAUUUUUGAGAAUUUUGAAAAAUUUAGACAUGAAUUACUUCAAUCUCCUUCUUUCUUUGUUUCUGUUGAAUGCAUUUUUAAAACCAGAAACGGUUUGUGGAAAUGCAGAGCUAAGAGCUUUGAUGGAUUUGAAAACUUCUCUUGAUCCAGAGGGAAAGAUUCUUACUUCAUGGAUCAGCGAUGGUAAUCCAUGUAGUGGUUCAUUUGAAGGGGUUGCUUGUAAUGAUCAUUGGAAAGUGGCUAAUAUCUCUUUGCAGGGAAAGGGACUUUCUGGUUGUUUAUCUCCAGCUGUGGCUGAACUCAAAUGCUUGUCAGGGUUAUACUUGCAUUAUAACAAUCUUUCUGGUGAGAUACCAUCACAAAUUUCAAAUCUUACUGAGCUUGUUGAUCUUUAUCUUGAUGUGAAUAAUCUUUCCGGAACAAUUCCUUCUCAGAUUGGAAACAUGGCUAGUCUACAAGUACUUCAGCUGGGGGAUAAUCAAUUUGUGGGGAAUAUACCUGCACAGAUGGGUUCCUUGAAGCAGCUUACAACUCUUGCUUUGCAAUAUAACAAGUUAACUGGUCGAAUUCCUCUUAGCUUAGGGAACUUGGAGAAUCUAAGCCGGCUAAAUUUGAGUUUCAACAACUUCAGUGGUACUUUUCCAGCAACACUAGCUAAUGUUUCACAUUUGGAAGUUCUGGAUAUUCAAAACAAUUCUCUAUCAGGAACUGUUCCUUCUGCAUUGAAGAGACUUGGGGAAGGAUUCCAAGGGGCAAACAAUCAAGGUUUAUGUGGAGUAGAUAUUUUUACUUUGAGAGCUUGCAACAAUAAUUCAGAUUUAGACGCCAGCGACAUUGAUACCUCGGAUCAAGGCCACCUCAAAAAGGGUAAUUCCGCAACGCCUCGCCCGGAGGCUGCAGAUUUCCAAAUGCAUUGUAACCAGACUCAUUGCUCAAAAUCAAGGUUUCCUUUAAGUGUCGUCACAGCAGCAGGUGUUACAAUCACCGCUCUCACAUUCAUAGUUGUUGGAUUGUUUACAUUUGUCAAAUACCGCCGUCGAAAGCAGAAGGUUACAGCAAACUCUUCUGAAGGGAAACUUAGUCCUCAGCAGCCUAAAGGGUUAUACAGAAAAAGUCCAUCUACCCUGGUUAAUCUUGAGUAUUAUAACGGAUGUUAUCCAAUGCCCGGUGAUCAAAAUGCUGGGGGAUUAUACAGUGAAUAUCUAAACCAGUUUAGGUUUAAUGUAGACGAAGUCGAAUCUGCAACACAAUAUCUUUCAGAAGCAAAUUUAUUGUGUAAGAGCAAAUUCUCAGCAAUGUAUAAAGGAAUUCUCAGAGACGGUUCUCUUGUCGCUAUUAGAAGCAUUAACAUGACAUGCUGUAAAACCGAGGAAGCCGAAUUUGUAAAGGGAUUGAGCUUAUUAACCUCCCUUAGACAUGAAAAUGUUGUUAAGCUAAGAGGUUUCUGUUGCUCAAGUAGUAGAGGUGAAUGCUACCUUAUUUACGACUUUGCAACGAUGGGCUACCUAUCUCAAUACCUUGACAUAGAGGAUAGAAGUGACCAUUUGCUUGACUGGUCCAAGAGGGUUUCUAUCAUCAAGGGCAUUGCAAAGGGUAUAGGAUAUCUGCAUGGUGAUGAAGCAAGCAAACCUUCAAUAGUACACCAAAAUAUAUCAGUGGAGAAUGUUCUCCUUGACAAAGAGUUUAAUCCAUUGAUCAUGGAUGCAGGACUUCCUAAGCUUCUCGCAGACGAUGUUGUUUUCUCAGCUCUAAAAGUAAGUGCCGCCAUGGGAUACCUAGCUCCUGAAUACAUUACUACAGGACGCUUUACCGAGAAGAGUGACAUAUAUGCAUUUGGAGUUAUUGUACUUCAAGUUUUAUCUGGCAAGACAGCAAUCGGAGGUUCAAUACGGACAGCAUUCGAGUCUUUCAGAUUUGAUGAUUGCAUCGACACAAAUCUUAAGGGAAGAUAUUCUAGUUCUGAAGCAACGACGCUAACAAAGCUUGCAGUGCAGUGUAUCCAUGAGAGUCCCGACCAAAGACCAAGCAUGGUGGAUGUAAUUCAGGAGCUAAGGGUGCUUCCGGCUAAUUCAUAAUAUUCUACUAAUUGGUUUCAUCCAUGACAGUUAUUUAUUUCCAUGAGCAUGUAAUAAAGUUAUCUAAUUUAGUCGUUGACUCGUUGCCAAAUGAUUGUAAAUUUCGUUGCGAACCUUACAGUUACAGAUAAAAACUUCUAUAACUUAUACAUA